AUGGUUUAUUAUAUACUAGAAACUUGCAUUUUGAGUGAAAGAAGAAAAGAGAAAAUACAAACAACUCAAGAAACAUUUCAAUAUCUACCAUUUGAAUUAUCACAACAAUAUCAACAAUUAAAUGAAAGUAUUGAACUUAAAUCCACUACCAAUUCAAAUGAUAUUCAUUCAUUGAAACAAUUAUCUCAGGAAAUUUGGCGAUUAUUUCAAGAAACAUCACUAAAUAAUAAUAAUGGUCUUAAGGAAAUAGACAAUCAUUCUACAACAAAUUAUAAUGAACAACAAUUAAAUUAUCAAAAUAAAUUCAAAUUAUUCUUGACAAAAUCAUUUGAACAAUAUUGCCGCCAUACAAUGGAUCAUUUAAAACAAACGGAGAAUUCAAUUCUCAAUACCGAUCAUCAUCAUAAUAAUAGCAGCACCGAUGAUAUGGAUUCUAAAAAUAAACCCCCAAAAAGAGAAGAAAAACAAGAACAAAAUAGUUGUCAAGAGGAAGAUUCAAAACUAUUAAAUUUAAAUGAUGGUCAUUUUAAAUCUUUUACAAAAAUUGAUAAAAUAAAAACUUAUCAAUUAUGGUUUAAUUCAUUAAAUUGUUUAAAUACACAACAAAAAUUAUAUCAUUUAUAUAAAACGAAUUAUUUCAUUAAAAAUUAUUGUCAAAAUGUGGAACAUUUAAAAAUGAAUGAAAAUGAUUCAUUGAAAAGUAACAAUAGUGUAAAUAAUCAUACAAUCACUACUAAUACUACUCAUAAUAGUAAUGAUAGUAGUAAUGAUAGUGCGAUUAAUAAUAAUAAUAAUAAUCAUAAUCAUACUGUUAAUAGUGAUAUGAGUGAUACGAGUAAUAUUCAUAACUUAUCGAUACCUUCAAAUUCUGCCUUAGAUGCUUUAAUUCAUAUGACCACAUCUACAAUGCAACAAUUAAAACAUGAUGGUGAUUUCUCAGGUAAUUAUUUAAAUUAA